UGAAGGUAUGGUCAAAAUCAUGUGACUCUGCUUUUUACAUAACUUCGUCCAUUGCCCACGUCUUAAAUUAUUCCUCGAUUUUAAAAUUCCACAAGUUUUUAUCAGACUACAUGCGCAGCAAAUCCACGAAAAACAUGUCGCAUACUUAUCAGGCUUACGGGUCCUUCUAAUGUUUCCUACAUACGUAUAGAAUUUUUCAACUAUGGGUACUUCUCGUCAAGCUUAUCCUGCUGCCUUCACACCGAAUAUCCAAAAUAUGGGCGAGAUGGAUCACGGCUUAGGAAAAAUCAUUGUAGGUCUAAUUCACGCCGUUAGCAACACUAUCAAACCAAACAUGGACGUCGAGCUGGACAAAAUCCGGGCCAGAAUUAUAACCGAUUUGGCAGAGCGAUUAAAUUGCACGUUAACCUUGCAAAAGAUUCUGUACAAUUUCGUCGUUUACAAUAUGGACCUCGACUACAAAUUCGACCAAAUGCGGGGACAAAUCGGGUAUGAAUCAUUUUCCCUCGGAUCGUCACUAUAUGAAAUUUGGGUUUCUCAACAUGGCUCAUUUACCGGGAGUUUUGAAAAGGGCCACUUUGCCUGUGGCGGGUAUAAUAGAGGAUGCAUUAUCGAACGCAAAAAUAAUUCGGAUGGGGAGUUAACCAUCUAUUUCGGAGUUCCAGCCAAAGACGGUGCGAACUGACAAGGCGUAAUUGAUAAUUUGCCAUUUGAUGGAUUCCAUCUCAAGAGAAUAAAUUUUAGAUUGUAAAAAAAUAGUGAAUUUAAAUUAAAUGCAUUCACAGAUUUUAUUUCGUUUUCAGGCAGAUUUUAAUUAAUUCUGCAAGUAAAAAAAUGUGUAGGGACCACGUUUGCAGAAACAUUUAUCAACUACAGAUACAUACGUACUUAUAAGUAUUUAUAUACCUAACAUACCUGCAUAAAUAAAUUGGUAUGUACAUCAAAAUCGUAUAACAAUUUUUACUAUUUUAUUAAGUGAAUAAUCCUUAAAAGACUGCCCAUUAAAUUACAGAAUAUAAAAUGAUAAUAUGACAAAUUUAGUUCGGUCUAAAUAAUGAAAUUCUGAAUUCUCAUCGCAUGCAUGCAUAUUUUCAUAUGUAUUGUGUCUGUAAGAUCGGCAUAAAUCGUAUACAUAUACAGAUAUACAUAUGUAUGUAAAUAUGUAUAUAGUCUAAAUCCACGCAGAAUAUGCAUGUGUGUAUGUGGUAUUUAGGUAAUGUGGUUUUAACAACAAGUUGAGAAUGUUCAGCUAUAAAAUUCUAUCUAAUCGUGUGUCAAAUUGCACAUGAAAGUAUUUAGUUUCUCUCCAAACUCACAUUAUACAUCUAACUCUCUGAUAAGAUUGUGUAAGCAUGUAGUUCAAGAAAUUGCUUUCUCAGUUUCUAAUGUUUCACUGCUUAUUUAAUAUCCUCAGUCUGAGACAGUGACCGCGGAACUUCGAGGGACAUAUGGUGACAUUAGAAUUAUGAGAUAGAAGAGGUGGGGCUUCUACAGGGGUGGGACAGAAGAAGGAGCCACUUGAAUUUUAGGGGUGGCGUGUGAUGCACAGUCGCGGCAUUUUCAAAAUUUGCAUAUGUCAUACCCAGAUAGUUAACGAAAAUUUAACACUAUUCAGAUUUUCCCUACGGUUAAAAAUGCCCCUGCAGCACCCCCCAGAGUGCGAGGCACGCAUAAAAGUGUUUUCCAAAGACAUACUGAGCCAGAGAGCGAUUGUUAGAAAAUUUGCUGCAAAUGGAUUUAUCGUCGAUCGAAAGUACGUUUCUAAUGUACUUAAAAACGUUGGAAUCAAGCGGAGGGAAAAAGCGGUUACAGCUCCACCCCCACGGAAAGGAUACCCAAGAUCCGCUUGAACCAAAAAGUUUAUCCGGAAAAUCAAUUUUUCGCCAAAACGGUAAAUCCACCAACUAAAAGUUGCAUGGCGAAAAUGUUAAACGUUAGUAGGAGAACAUUUCUAGAGUCAUUCACAAUGACCUACAGCAAGUGACUCGUAGGAAAUCCCGAGAUCAUGCUCUCAUCCCAACUUAUUUCUCACAAAAUAUCAGCCUACACGAAGGAUUUUAAAAAAAGUUUGGGUAUAACAAUUAUUCCUACUAUAGAAACUCUCGUUAGUUCCUCUGAUAUCAAUCCGAUGUUUUUUUUGGAUUCGAGUACUUAAAACAGAGCCUUCUUGAAAGGAAAACGCGUGCGUUUUGAUGCACUUUGGAAAAGUGUUCAGGACGAGUGGUGCAGAAUCACUCUGAAAAUUGUGUCAAAGGUCAUGACUGGUUGGAAAAAGCGACUGAGGCUCGUUAGAUAAACUAAAGGGCUUCACACUGAACCAAUUACCAAACUUCACAAACGAAUAAUAAGGCCGGAAUAAAUUUAGGCAAAGUG